AUGCCUCCUAAGUCGAAGAAGGAGGCUUCAGUUGAGAGGCCGAUCCUCGGUAGAUUCUCCUCUCAUCUUAAGAUCGGUAUUGUCGGUCUGCCCAAUGUUGGCAAGUCAACACUCUUCAACACGCUCACCAAGCUCUCCAUCCCCGCUGAGAACUUCCCCUUUUGCACCAUCAACCCCAACGAGGCUCGCGUCAACGUGCCUGACGACCGCUUCGACUGGCUCUGCCAGCUGUUCAAGCCCAAGAGCGAGGUGUCCGCCUUUUUGGAGGUGAACGACAUUGCAGGGCUGGUGCGUGGAGCCAACGAAGGGGAGGGAUUGGGCAAUGCGUUCCUCUCGCACAUCCGAGCCGUUGAUGGCAUCUUCCAUGUGUGCCGUGCAUUCGACGACGCGGAUGUGAUCCACGUGGAGGAUACCGUUGACCCGAUUAGGGACCUGGAGAUCAUUCACAAUGAGCUGCGGCUGAAGGACGUUGAGUUCAUGGAGCGAGCCAGGGAGGACUAUGAGAAGCAGCUCAAGCGCAGCAAUGACAAGCAGCUCAAAAUCGACCACGAGCUCUGCUGCAGGGUGCUGGCGCAUCUGAACGAGGGAAAGGAUGUGCGUCUGGGCGACUGGAAGGCCGCUGACAUUGAGGUUCUCAACACCUUCCAGCUGCUCUCUGCCAAGCCAGUUGUCUACCUGGUGAAUUUAACAGAGAAGGAUUAUCAGCGCAAGAAGAACAAGUGGCUUGCCAAGAUCCAUGGCUGGGUGCAGGAGCACGGGCAGGACCCCAUCAUUCCGUUCAGCGGAGUGUUGGAGUCGAAGCUGGCUGACAUGCCGGCCGACGAGGCUGCCAAGUACUGCAAGGACAACGACAUCCAGAGUGCCCUGCCGAAGAUCAUUAAGACGGGCUUUGCAGCCAUCAACCUGAUCUACUUCUUUACUGCAGGGCCUGACGAGGUGCGGUGCUGGCAGAUUCGCAAGCAGACCAAGGCACCGCAAGCAGCAGGGGCCAUUCACACCGAUUUCGAGAAGGGCUUUAUUUGUGCUGAGGUGAUGAAGUUUGAAGACCUGAAAGAGCUUGGAUCCGAAGCUGCCGUCAAGGCUGCUGGCAAGUACAAGCAAGAAGGGAAGACAUACGUGGUUCAAGAUGGAGAUAUUAUCUUCUUUAAGUUCAAUAUCGCUUCACUGAGCAUCAGGCCAUCAGCGUGCCUCAAGUCCGACUUUGACGGCCGUGCUCUCACACUCUCCUCGCCUCUCGUCGCCGCGGCGCCCUCCAUCCGCCGCCGCGCCGCGGUCGCGUCAGCCGCUCCCCCCGCCGCCGCCGCGGUCUCCGCCGCAGCUCCCGCUGUCGCCGCGUCGCUAGCGCUCGAUGAUGACGUGGACGCGUCAAGCCGGCGUUACCCGCCAUUCGCGGCGUUUCGGAUCCACGGCACGGGCAGGAGAAAGACGGCCGUGGCGCGCGUGGGGCUCAUCGAGGGCAACGGCGAAAUUUUCGUGAACGGGCUGCCCCUGAACGAAUAUUUCCAGAAUCAGGCGCUCAUGAUCCAGGCUGUGAAGCUGCCGUUGUCCUCCCUGGGCUACGAGGGCAAGUAUGAUGUGGUGGUGAAGGCACACGGGGGGGGCCUUAACGCCCAGGCGCAGGCCAUGGUUCUGGGGAUUGCCCGCGCUCUUGUUGCUGCCAGCGCUGCCAACCGUCCGCCCCUCAAGGCCCAGGGCAUGCUCACGCGUGAUGCCCGCUCGGUAGAGCGCAAAAAGUACGGUCUCAAGAAGGCCCGCAAGGCUCCUCAGUACUCCAAGCGUUAA